AUGUACACAACCGUAUGUGUUGUGUUGGAGGCUGCGACAAAACUCCGUGGAUACCGGUCACUUCAACUUCACGGCAUUGAGGGGGGACACGGACCGUGGCUAUCGAUUAGGUUACUCUUGGUGGAACAAUCUGAACCGCGGAAUCCCCCACGGGAGGCUUCCACUGUUCCUUGGAGGCAGACUCCAUUUGGUAGUCAUGGCGUGACAGCUAAGAAAUUUAGCAGGCGUGUGGUCGCAAAUCAGCUUCCAAUUUGCUCGUCCGAUUGGACUAUCCAGAAAGCACUGCACCGAACUCCCGAAAAAUCAGACCCGCACAUCGUUUAUCCAAGUUCUCAAGUAGCGUCGCCUUCGAUUACCUCACAAGGAUGGAGCCGGGUAUUAUUGGGGACGAAUCGUAUGUGCGGUACGAUGGUUACCGAAUGGCAACAACGGCCGCAGAACUACAACCCGCUAGUUUCCCAGCCUAACUUUAGUACCAGUUACCAAUAUGUACAAUAUGGAACCGGACUUACCGUACAGCCCCAAAGGUGUCUUAGUCUCACCCGCCUAGCUGGUCGAAUCAGAGUGGUUGACUGUAUGAUGGAAGAUAUGAUUAUGGCGAGUUCUCCUUGUAUUUUCUGGUAUGACUCGCACCUGCAAUAA